UUGAGCGAGUGCUAGCUGUUUCCCAUUUCACGUUUACACUGGACAACGUUGUUCUCAACCUGCUUUCUCGCUUUACUUUACCCUGGUACUUUAUCGAAAAUUGUGUCUGUCGUUUUGAAAUAUGGAUCAAAGCAGGACCACAGGUGACAAAAAAGCUCGAACUUUUGACUUUAUGUCAAUGUUUGAAGAAACCAGGAAAAAUGCAGUGGAGCGAAGCAAGAAAACUUUAGAAGAAAGAGAAAACUCCCAAGGCCAAUCUAGUCCAACUGCAAAGAAAGCACAUGGUGAAUCUACUCCAAGUGAAAAGGAUAUUAAAAGUGUUUCAGAUUUGAUAGGACCUCCUGUACCCAGUUCUACCAGCAAAAAUGAUGAAGAAGAUUUGAUAGGACCUCCUCUACCACCAUCAUUUUUGACUUCGAACAGGGAUGACACAACAAAAAAGAAAAACAAAGAAAGUAAUGAUGAUGAGGAGGAGGAGGAGGACUCUGAGGAGGAGGAAGAAGAAGCAUUAGAAAAAAGAAUACCAGCCUCACAUGAGAUAACAUUAGAGCAUGGGAGUAAAACAGUGUCAGCUUUGGGUCUAGAUCCCUCUGGAGCCAGACUAGUCACUGGGGGUUUUGACUAUGAUGUCAAAUUCUGGGAUUUCUCGGGAAUGGACUCUUCACUUCAGUCGUUUAGAAUGAUCAGGCCAUGUGAAAGCCACCAGAUCAAAGCCCUGGAGUACAGCACCACUGGUGACAUGAUCCUUGUGGUGUCAGGGAGUGCACAAGCCAAGCUCAUUGACAGAGAUGGAUUUGAAGUAAUGGAGUGCCCCAAGGGAGAUCAGUACUUGGUGGACAUGGCCAGCACAAGAGGACAUACUGCUAUGUUGAAUUGCGGUUGCUGGAAUCCAAAGAUAAAAGAAGAGUUUAUGACAUGUUCUUAUGAUGGCUCAGUCAGAUUAUGGGACAUAAAUAAUGACAAAAAGCACAAGAACAUCAUCAAGCCAAGGUCACAAGUUGGUCGAAAAGUUGUCCCCACAUGUUGUGCAUAUAGUCCAGAUGGCAAACUUAUUGCUGCUGCGUGCCAGGAUGGCUCCAUUCAGAUGUGGGAUUAUAAAAAAUACAUUGUCAAUGUGGCAUUAAUGAAUAGGACAGCUCACCAGAAUGGGACAGACACAUCAUGCAUAAGAUUCUCGUAUGAUGGGAGGGUACUGGCAACCAGAGGAGGUGAUGACACUCUUAAACUAUGGGACAUCAGGAAUUUUAAAAAACCACUUGUAGUGGCUAAUGAUUUGUUCAACUUAUUUCCUAUGACUGACUGCAUCUUCAGUCCAGAUGAUAAAAUGGUGGUGACAGGAAUAUCACUGAAUAAAAAUGAAACUACUGGAAAACUGAUUUUCUUUGAAAGAGAAACACUACAGAGGGUCACAGAAAUGGAAAUAUCAAAUUCUAAUGUAGUAAGGUGUUUAUGGCAUCCUAAGCUGAACCAGAUAGUGGUUGGGUCAGGUGAUGGAAAAGUCAAAAUGUUAUAUGACCCAGAUCGCAGUCAAAGGGGAGCUAAACUUUGUGUUGUGAAAACUAAGAGGAAAGUUCAGCAAGUGGAAGCAAUGACAGCACAACGAAUAAUCACUCCCUAUGCAUUGCCAAUGUUCAAGGAGGAAAGGCAGAAGAGUACAAAGAAAAUAACAGAGAAAUCACGACAGGAUCCAGUCAAGUCCAGGCGCCCAGAUCUGCCAAUAACAGGACCUGGUUCUGGAGGCCGUCUUGCAGCUCAUGGUUCAACAUUGUCUCAGUAUGUAGCUCAACAAAUAGUCAUCAGGAAACAUGAUGAGAGAGACAAGGACCCGAGGGCGGCCAUUUUGAGGCAUGCGGAGGAUGCAGAGAAAAAUCCUUAUUGGGUCACUCCAGCAUAUUCUCAGUCUCAGCCACAAAACAUACUCCACCAUGCAGUUGAGGAUGAAGAAGAACCAGAGGAAGAGGGACCAAUGUGGAAAAAACCAAAGACAAAAUGAAAAAACAAAUCCAACAGCUUUUUCAAUACAUUUAGAAGGGCAGUCAAACACCAUAAAGUUGUUUACAGGUUUUAUGAUGUAUGGAGAUAAAGCAUUAAACAAGAACAUGUAAACAUGUCCACAGACUUGUCUAAAAGAAUGGUUUUUUGAUGAACAGAAUUCAUUGUGUUGUUCCAGCUCUUGGAAUUUAUUAAAUCUGUGGACUUAUGAGUAGCAGUGAAAUAUAAAAAUUACCAGUUAUACACCAUGUUUCAAAAACAAGAAAGCUAGCCCGGUUUAUAGUGAGUCACCGCUUGGCUAACCACCUUAUUUAUUUUGUAUGGUUUAAGUUUUCAUUUUCCUGCAAAGGUAUAUUAAGAAAUGAGACAAGAGAAAUAUUUGUGACAGCAAAAAUAAACUUCUAUCAGGUUAUUGAAAAAAAAAAUUUUUUCAAAUCAAAAUGAAGAGAUAAGCCAGUGCACUUAAAAAAUUGUAAAAUUAAAAUGUUAUUUUAUCAGACAUUGGUGCAUCUCAACAUGAAUAAGUGUUGAAUAUCAUACAUAUUCAUUUAAAAAUCUCAAAGAACUUUUUUGUAAGUUAAUGCAUCAAGUAUUAGUCAGUAUUUGGAGUCACACGUUACCAGGUGAUGUGUGAAUGUUGAUGUAGAUGAUGCAAAUGUUUUGGAUGAUAUUUUUAUAAUCAAUAAAUUUGUACAGCAAAGUUUAAUUAAUUACUCAGUGAUAUUCUUCGGGUCUUUUUUCCCUCUAGGCAAAUUAAAUUUUUUUAAUGUCUUCUCUUUUCAUAAAAUACAACUUCUUUGAGCUAUGAAUUAUAGAAAUAGAAAUGAGAUAAAAAUGUCAUAACACAAGGUUCAAGAUAUCAUUAUAUUUCAUAUGCAGUUUAUACAUACA